AUGAGUGCAUCACACAAGAGAACUCCUGCUGCAACUCAUAUCAAACUGACUAAAGAUGAAAGUGGAACUGAUGUGGAUCAAAGCCCGUAUAGAAGUAUGAUUGGUAGUCUACUGUAUCUCACUGCUAGCAGACCUGACAUUGCUUUUUUUGUUGGUGUGUGUGCUAGGUAUCAAGCUGCUCCUAAAGAGAGUCACCUUACUCAAGUCAAGAGGAUUAUAAAGUACAUUAGUGGAAUUGUUGACUAUGGUAUCUUAUAUGCUCACAACACUAAUUCCAGUUUAAUAGGUUAUUGUGAUACAGACUGGGCAGGAAAUGCAGAUGACAGAAAGAGUACUUCAGGAGGAUGUUUCUUUCUUGAUAAUAAUCUCAUAUCUUGGUUCAGCAAAAAGCAGAAUUGUGUCUCACUAUCUACUGCUGAAGCUGAAUAUAUUGCUGCUGGAAGUGGAUGUACUCAACUAUUAUGGAUGAAGCAGAUGUUAAAAGAAUACAAUAUCGAGCAGGAUGUUAUGACAUUGUACUGUGACAACUUGAAUAAAGAAUAA